AUGGCGCCGGCGAGGAGGAAGCGCGGCGCAUCUGCGGCUGCUGCAGCGGCGGCGGCCGCGGCGCAGUGGAAGGUCGGCGACCUGGUGCUCGCCAAGAUAAAGGGCUUCCCCGCGUGGCCAGCCAUGGUGAGUUCGGGCUUCUUUCUCAUCUGUAGCCUCGUACGCAGUUGUCCGGGUAGCCUGUGGCUUGGGAACUCGGGUUAG